GAGGGGCAUGAAAGCCAUCACAACGGAUGGAAAACUAUCCAAAUCCCAAACCCCCUAUUAAGAAUAGAACCCUGGACCUCAAGGUCCUGGGCAGAUAACCAGACCAACCAGGUUAUCUCUCAUUCUCCUAAAAUGUUACUAGAUAUCACACCAAUCACAAUCAACAUAUGGAGAUCACAUAUUGCUAGUGCAGAAACAGUAGCACCUCUUGAUGCCUCUGAUUAUAAAAGCAUAUCAUAGAUAUUUCCUUUUAACUAUCGAAAGCCUCUUGUUUGGAUAUGGAGGAGUAUUGUUCUCAUUCUGGAUCUAAUUGGGUUCCAUGGCCAAUUCAUCCUCCUCAACUCUCUGCCUCUACAAUUAACUCUCCAUUUCAUGCUACACCUUCAUGGUCAGUUCCAAUACAAGGGACCUCAGAAGAUCUAGCUGCAUCGGCUUCCAACAGCCAUAGCCAAGCCGAGAAGCGACGAAGAGACCGGAUUAAUGCACAGCUUGCAACUCUAAGGAAAUUGAUUCCUAGAUCAGAUAAGGUAGACAAGGCAGCACUAUUAGGAAGAGUGAUAGAUCAUGUCAAGGAUCUGAGGAGAGAAGCCUCAGAAAUUAGCAAGGCCUUAACAAUUCCAACAGAAGUUGAUGAAGUAGCAGUUGAUUGUGACCUGGAUCAUGAUCAAGAACAACAAAGCACCUACAUAAGGGCUUCGGUCUGCUGCGAUGAUAGGCCGGAAUUGUUUGAGGAGCUUAUUAGAGCCCUGAAAGGACUAAGACUAACCACAGUGAAAGCAGACAUUGCUAGUGUUGGUGGCAGAAUUAAAAGCAUAUUAGUACUCUGCAAUGAAGAUGGUGGAGAGUGUGUCUCUCCAAGUACUGUCAAGCAGUCUUUGCUUUUAGCACUAAGUAGGAUAUCUUCAUCAUCUAUGCCCUCUUGCAGUUUCAUCAGAAGCAAGAGGCAGAGGUUUUUCUUGUCUUCUUAUUAAUCCGACUGGCUAGUAACACAUUCUCUCUUCGGUUCUGUCA